CGGCUCGUGACGUUUCGAACAGAGUCCCAAGAUAGCUCCAGUGCCGCUCCGUAGCCAUUUUGGCUCAAGGAUGCUCUUGAGCUGGCUGCUAGGUGCUUCCCUCUGAAGUGCUCACCCACCAGGCACUGAUUGGCAGAAGCACGGGCUCCGAUCAUCAUGGCCUCGGCGCGGAGCGAGCACCUCGGCCUCGCCGCCGCCGCCCCAGACGUGUGGCAGCAGUGGCCGGGGUGCACAUUCGAGCUCAAGGCGACGUUCCUUCACCUGGUCGACCAGGUCGAGGAGCGCUGGCGGCGGGAGCGGCUCCCGCGCGCCAGGUCGGCCCCGCCCGCGCUCGGAGGCGCCCGCGCCAAGCCCGUGGUGGAGUGCACGCGCCGCACCACCCGGUCGCAGCGCAGGAGGCGGCAGAGGGUCGCGGGGAAGAAGCAGCGGCGCGGUGAAGCCUUGGCUGGCGGCGUCGACUUGCCGCUCUGAGGGCUCUCUCGUCGCACCCAGGCGCGCCCCACUGGGAGGG